UUAGCAGGAUCCCUGAUGGUUGAGAUCCAUCUUUCUGGUUGUGAAAGAUUGCAGGUUUUGUUCAGUUGUGGUACAUCCUUCACGUUUCCAAAACUGAAGGUGCUUACACUAGAGCAUUUAUUGGAUUUUGAGAGAUGGUGGGAAAUAAAUGAGGCACAAGAAGAACAGAUAAUAUUUCCUCUGCUUGAGAAGUUGUUUAUUCGGCAUUGUGGAAAGCUGAUAGCAUUACCUGAAGCACCAUUGCUUGGAGAACCAAGUCGUGGAGGUAAUAGACUGGUAUGCACACCAUUUUCUCUGCUUGAGAACUUGUUUAUUUGGUAUUGUGGAAAGCUGGUACCAUUGCGUGAAGCACCACUGGUUCAUGAAAGUUGUAGUGGAGGUUAUAGGUUGGUACAGUCAGCAUUUCCUGCUCUAAAGGUACUUGCAUUGGAAGACUUGGGGAGUUUUCAGAAAUGGGAUGCUGCUGUCGAAGGAGAACCGAUAUUGUUUCCUCAGCUUGAGACACUAUCAGUUCAGAAAUGCCCAAAGCUAGUAGAUUUACCCGAAGCACCAAAACUCAGUGUACUAGUAAUUGAAGAUGGCAAGCAAGAGGUGUUCCAUUUUGUAGACAGGUAUUUAUCUUCAUUGACCAAUCUGACACUGAGGCUAGAACACAGAGAAACAACAUCAGAGGCUGAAUGCACUUCAAUUGUACCUGUGGACAGCAAAGAGAAAUGGAACCAGAAAUCCCCUCUUACAGUUCUGGAGUUAGGAUGCUGCAACUCAUUCUUUGGACCAGGUGCACUAGAGCCGUGGGACUAUUUUGUACACCUUGAAAAGUUGGAAAUUGAUAGAUGUGAUGUGCUCGUCCACUGGCCAGAGAAUGUGUUCCAAAGCUUGGUAUCCUUGAGGACAUUACUGAUUAGAAACUGCAAAAAUCUGACUGGAUAUGCACAAGCUCCUCUUGAGCCGUUGGCGUCUGAAAGGAGUCAGCACCCGAGAGGUCUGGAGUCUCUUUGCUUAAGAAACUGCCCAAGUUUAGUAGAGAUGUUCAACGUCCCGGCAUCUCUCAAGAAAAUGACUAUUGGUGGGUGCAUUAAGCUUGAGUCCAUAUUCGGCAAGCAACAGGGCAUGGCAGAGUUAGUCCAAGUAUCUUCUAGCAGUGAGGCAAUCAUGCCUGCAACUGUAUCAGAGUUGCCAUCCACACCCAUGAAUCACUUUUGUCCAUGCCUAGAAGAUCUAUGCUUAUCAGCAUGUGGAAGCUUACCAGCGGUUCUAAAUCUGCCUCCAUCCUUAAAGACCUUAGAAAUGGAUCGUUGUAGUAGUAUUCAAGUCCUAUCAUGCCAGCUGGGUGGGCUCCAGAAACCAGAAGCCACUACCUCCAGAAGCAGAAGUCCUAUCAUGCCACAGCCACUAGCAGCAGCAACAGCACCAGCUGCAAGAGAGCAUUUACUUCCUCCCCAUCUCGAAUAUCUAACAAUACUGAACUGUGCUGGCAUGUUGGGUGGGACUCUCCGUCUGCCUGCACCCCUCAAGAGACUGUUCAUUAUGGGCAACAGUGGGCUGACAUCGCUGGAGUGUCUGUCGGGAGAGCACCCCCCAUCGCUGGAAUCCCUUUGGCUUGAAAGAUGCAGUACCCUGGCAUCCCUGCCGAAUGAGCCGCAAGUAUACAGGUCUCUCUGGUCUCUUGAAAUUACAGGCUGCCCUGCUAUAAAGAAGCUCCCUAGAUGCCUGCAGCAGCAACUGGGCAGCAUCAAACGCAAAUGGCUAGAUGCCCGUUAUGAAGUAACGGAAUUCAAACCAUUGAAACCGAAGACAUGGAAGGAAAUACCGAGGCUAGUCCGUGAGCGGAGGCAGGCCUGCCGGAGCUGAAGCUGAAGGUCAUUCAGCUUCUAUUCAAUGACAGGCCUGAUCCCUGAUUGUUGCACUGCUCUGCUAGGGGAAUGGCCUGUGAUUGCUUCUACAAGACAACUGUGCCGCAGUCGCUCUCCAUCGAGAACUUCUUGGAUGAUGAUAACAAGAUGAAUUUUUUUUACCCCAACAUUUAUACAAGGUUCAAUAAUUUUUAUCCACUCAGACAUGGAUUUUUUUAUCAACCACUCAGACAUGGAUUUUACCAAUAACCAGCAAAGCAGCAGCAGGUGAUUUUUUUAUCCCGCAAAAA